AUGGCAGAAUUCACUCAUGAAAGUACGGAAAGCCAGGAGGAAGAGGAACUACAGGAGGAAGUGCUAGAUUUCGCACCAGCCGCAUUGGAUGACUCUCUGCCAGAAGUAGAAGAUCCUUUGCAGGAAAUAAAUUUGGGAACAGAGGAGGAUCCAAGGCCAACCUUCAUCAGCGCACUAUUAAAAGAACCACUUAAGAAUGAACUCGUUGCACUUCUACAAGAGUUCAAAGAUGUUUUGCUUGGCAUUAUCACGAGAUGCCAGGAUUAG